UUGCUUCAAUUCUUGUUUUUCUUUGAAGAAUUUGAGCUGUGGGUUGGGUUUUUUUUUUUUUUUGUGUGCCUAAAUUUUAGAGUUUCUUGUUUUUGGAUAAUUGGUAGAAUUUUCGAUUUCUGCUUGGAAUUUUUUUGAUUGGGAAUGGGGGGAAUGGAAUUAGGGUUUCCGAAACCUAGUGUGCCGAACUUAAAGGAGCAGCUUGCUAGGAAAACUUUAAGGAAUGUUAGAAAAGGACAUCCGUAUGUUGAUCUUAGAGAAGACGGGAAACGAUUUGUGUUUUUCUGUACUUUGUGUUUGGCGCCGUGUUAUAGUGAUACUGUGUUGUUUGCCCAUUUGAAUGGAAACCUUCAUAAGGAAAGGUAUUCGGCUGCGAAGGCCACGUUGAUAGGAGACAAUCCGUGGCCUUUCGAUGACGGCGUUCUUUUCUUUCAUAGUAACUUCAUUGAUGAGGAAAAAGAUGCGCUGCCUACGCAAGGGAGUGGGAAAAUUAACUUGUUGGAUGAUCAUGAACAUGUGGCCGAUCUUGCUAUUGUUGUCCAUGGUGAUGUGUCAAGGGCAGAUGUUGAUGAAGACGGAAUGGAUGGUUGUCUUGGAGAUGACGCUCAUUCUGAUGGUGAAGACGUUCCUUGUGGUCAGAACAGUGAUGUUUUCGUGAUUCCCGGGGUUGUUGGCAAGGAAGAAGUUGCUGACCUACGCGUGAGGCUAAUAGGAUGUGGGCGGAUCUCUGCAAGGUUCUUGGAAAAAGAUGGUGCUCGUAGUGGUAUGCGCCGGUUUUGGUGUGAAUGGAUGGGGAAGAGGGAUGGUGCCAAUAAUGAAUGUUAUUCCAACAGUCUACCUUUGCAUGAUUUUGCUAUUUUGACUUUCAGUUACUAUCUUGACUUAGGAAAACAGGGGUUGUUUGAUGAUAUUAAGACAUUAUUACUUACUGGUGGGGAAGAUAGUAAUAAUGGGUAUGGCUCUACAAAGAAGAGGAAGAAAUCUUUUUCUGAUUCAGAGGUUGCAAGCGAGACAUUGAGUUAUCAGUGUGAUUCCUCUGGGGAAGAUUCUCAAGUUUCAACUACUAGUAUAAGUUCAGAUUUGCUUUUACAUCGUUAUGAUGACCAACUUCUACAUUCUAGAGACAUCUCUAGCAAGACUUUAAGGCGACAGUUGAGAAAGCAGCAGCGCAUAGCAUCUGAGAAAAUGUGUGAUAUAUGUCAACACAAGAUGCUGCCUGGAAAAGAUGUGGCUACUCUACUGAAUUUGAAAACUGGAAGGCUUGCUUGCUCCAGCAGAAAUGUGUAUGGGGCAUUCCAUGUCUUCCAUACUUCCUGCCUUGUACACUGGGUACUACUAUGUGAGUUUGAGAUGUUUACCAAGCCACCAGUGCAACCAAAAGUGAGACAGAGAUCCAAGAGGAGGACAAAAUCUAUGGUCAAUCCACUGGGGAAGGACUGCACAGCAGAUAGUACUGUCGAGCACAAGCAAAUGAGGAAGGGAAGUGAGGAAGGAACCUUUUGUGACCAAGUCCAUUCAGUUUUCUGCCCGGAUUGCCAAGGCACUGGUUUGCAAAUUGAAGGGGGUGCAUUGGAAAAACCUGAUGUUCCUCUUUCAGAGAUGUUCAAGUAUAAGAUCAGUUUAAGUAAUGCACAUAGAGCAUGGAUGAAAUCCCCAGAAGAGUUGGAGAAUUGCUCAACAGGAUUUGCCUUUGCUGUCCAAGUUGAUGAUGCGAAGGAUCAGGUGGCAGAGUUGAAGUUGCUACAGUUUUAUAGAGCAGAUGAAGAGAUCUUGUGACCGAGUUCCUGAGGCUCACAAUUUUUGGCGACUUGUCAGCAUGGUGCUCUUGCUAUGAAGAAAUGUUAGUGGACUCUUCCUGACUAUCUCAGUCUCAGGUGCAGAAAAUGUGAUUCGUCUAGAAUUUUCUGGUUUUAUGUGGUAUCUGAUUUGUACAUUGAACAUUUUAGUUGAGAGUGUAAAGAUUUAGCUGCUGCAAAGCUUAGUUGGAUGUAAAAAUAUAGCUGUGGGUCUAACUUUCUGUAAAUCCAUGGUCAGCUUAUACAUUGACAUGUUAUACAAACUCGCUGGAAUUCUCAGCUGUACCACAGGGAUUUUCUUAUAUGCUACUAAUAAACUAGUCAGUGUAAUGAAUUCAUAAUUCUUAGCUGUACCACAGGGAUUUUCUUAUAUACUA